ACCAAUAAUUUUGAUAAUAUGUUCGUUGUGGGAGUUGGAGGGUUUGGUGAUGUCUAUAAAGGUUACAUCGAUAAUGGUACAGUUCCGGUGGCAAUCAAACGGCUCAAGCAAGGUUCCUAACAAGGGCUCAAAGAGUUUGAAACUGAGAUUGAAAUGCUCUCUCAGUUUCGUCACCAUCAUUUGGUAUCUCUUAUUGGUUACUACAACGAUGACAAUGAAAUGAUCCUUAUCUAUGAGUUCAUGGCUCGUGGGACUUUCCGUGAGCAUCUUUAUGAUUCUGAAAACCAACCACUUUCUUGGAAUCAAAGGGUGGAGAUUUGCCUAGGUGCUGCUCGAGGACUGCAUUACCUACAUACAGGGGCAAAGCAUGCAAUCAUUCAUCGUGACGUCAAGUCGAAAAACAUCUUAAUAGAUGAAAACUGGAUGGCCAAGAUUUCUGAUUUUGGACUAUCCAAAAUGGGACCUGGAAGUAUCUCUAGAUCAAACAUUAGCAUAAGCACAUUAGUGAAAGGAAGCAUUGGAUACAUGGAUCCAGAAUACUACACAUGUCAAAUAUUGACGGAAAAGUCAGACUUGUACUCAUUUGGAGUUGUGUUGCUAGAGGCAUUAUGUGGGAGGCCUCCUAUUCUCCGUGCCGUGGAGAGGGAGCAGCAAAACCUUGUAGAGUGGUUUAGAAAAUGUGUUGAUCAAAAUGAGAUUUGUGAGACGGUGGAUCCAAACUUGAAGGGAAGUAUAACAGAAGAGUGCUUAAACGCAUACACUGAGAUUGCGUUGAAAUGCUUGGCUAAUAAUGGGAAUGAACGGCCAUCCAUGGGCGACGUGAUGUUGGGGCUAGAGUCUUUGAUGGAGUCGCUGAACGAAGCAGAGAAGAAAAAGCUUGGCGGGACUCUAAAUGAGGAGGUUACUGUUGAAGAAGGCAUCGAGGAAGUGAGGUUUGACGUGGACAAAAUUGAAGGAAGGAGCAAGGAAAGAGCUCUGAUCAGGAAAGCGACAAAAGCUGUAGAAAGAGAAGCAGGUUUUACGAGCAGUGAUGGAUCAAGGAAUUAAUCAAACAGCAGCAAGUUGAAGAGGUCAAGCGGCGAGCAUUUUAAGUUAGAUCAUCCAAAAGUUUGAUGAAAUGAAGGUCACUAAUGCAGGCUAUGGUUGUCUGAUGAUUUUAAGUUACGUUCAUUUCCAUAUAUAUGUGUGUGCGUGGUUGAGAUUUGAGAACGUUGUGUAAUUAUAUUUCCGAUGCGCCAAACAAUUUGGUUCA